GCGCCGCCUCGCUUCGGGAAAGCCUGGGGUUUAUUUUUUAACAGGGGAGAAGCGGUCCUCCUCACCGUGGCGGAUGGAUUCUGCGAAGAAGUUCUGGCGCGGCUUUCGGUUGCGGCUGGAGAGGGGAAGGGGUUGGUGCGCAUGCGCGGGCAGGCGUUUGGCUGGAGGGAGCAGCGAUGGGGUCCCGGCGGGAGCUGCAGCGGGAGGCGGCCCUUCGGCUUUGGGGCUUCGUCAAGCUACUAUUUGAAGAAGGAAAGAAAAAUAGCAACAAAGGACCAUUUAUCUUUGAGAUGGAUACACAAGGGUAUCUGCUUGACGAAGGAUGUACAAACCCGCUCGAGAACUUCUGGAACAGAACUGGGGUGAUGGUUGUUCUGGAGAAAGCGGUUUCAUGUGUACAAACCGAGGAACCAGAGGAGCAGAAGACAGACGUGUGUCUCUCUGAGGAUUCUUCCAAAGAGUGCCCUGUACUGCGUGGCUUAUCUAUUUCAAGAGCAAGGCAGCUCAUUUCAUUCUAUACGAUGUCACAAAAUCCGGACAUGGGCGAUGUAAAAACGAGCAAUUCGGUGCAGCCUCCUCCGCUGUGGGUGCGGUGUGAUGGCACAGACCCUCAACAAACGAUCUGGCUGGGGGCUGAGCCCCACUCCGCUGGAAACGACAUUACUGGGAUGACUCUGCAUACAGUUAUCAGCAACGGCCCUUUGUCAAAUAAAAAUUGCUCUGCAGAUUUGGAAGAAUUAAAAGAGAGCCAUCGAAGAAGACAUCACUGUCAUGGGUUGAGAAUGAAAGGUUUUGCCUCUUAUAAGUUCCUCGGAGACAUCUUGCUGGACUCCUAUUCCCUGGAGGACACCUCCUCUCCCCCGGAGAGAAAUAUAUAUGUGGACUUUGCUUGGAACGAUGUGACAGAGAUUCUGCAGACACCUCCACCCAAUUCUGUUGUUACUCUGAAGCUUCAGAUGGCUUGUGGGAGUCCUUUGAGUUCUGUGUAUGAGGUCGGCCGAGAGCUGCAGUUCCUGCUCGGCUUAGCCAAGAGCUUGAGGACUGGCGUGAAAGAGUGGAGGAAACCUUCAGAAGGAAAAUCAGCUGUUGAACUGGUCCAGAAACUUUUGAAACGUCUAAAGGAUGGCGCAGAUGAAGUAAUGGCACCAGGCAAUAAUGAGACUGAGAACCUCCAGAAUGACACUGCUGCAGUUUCUUGCUCCAUGAAAACAGUUUAUAGUAGCAGAGAAGAACUGGAUUUUGUCGAGCAGCUAUGGUGCAAGCUAUGGAAAAGUGUCACGUCGUAUGAGGAACUGGUGAAGUGCUUCAAGCUGAUAUUGGAGUGCGUUCAUUGUGGUGAAUUGCAGCUAUCGAUUCACGAAGGAAGCAACGGCUUGCUGCCCAAACUGAUUAUAGAGUAUCACCGUGGAAGUAUGACGCCGGUUUCUCUGAGUGGCGACACUCCGAUUCAAAUGUUUCUUGAGAUCGGGUUGGAAAAAAUGAAGAGAGAUUAUGUCAGCUAUUUUAUAGACAAGCGCCUCGCUCUACGUUCUCAUCUGGACUAUUUCAUGUCCACUUCAGUGGAUCUGCAAGAGCAGGUUCAUCGUAUCCAGAAACUCCAUCGCGUGCUGGAAAUAGUGACCAACUGCGUGGACCUUCUUAAACUCGAUCAUUUCGAUCUCAUCUUCUUGAUACAGUCCUGUUUAAAGUACUACCAGGAAAACCCUCUGAAUGAAAUGCACAUGCUUGAGAUACCCGUGAAGCAGUCUUCUGUGACAGGCUUAUGCCAAAAUGCUGAUCUCAAAAUGUGGAAGGUGGAAAUCAGCAGUGGACAAAGACAAAAAGUCGUGAAAACCACUUGGCAGUUCAGCACUGACCCUCCAGCAGAGCACCUGAGCACAAGGAUCACAGGUCUCCUGGACAGUACAGAAGUCUGCAACAACCUGGAGGGAGCCUGUUUUAGCACCCUGGCUGAGUGCAGUCAGGUGCAUUUCUCCUUGCGUUGAAGUAAUAAUAAUCGUAACAUCGGAGAGCGUUAUUGCAACGGUGUGAUAACUAAUUCCCAAAACGUGUAGCUGAUUUUUUUUUUUUUUUAAAGGCACCAAAACUUAUUUUAAAAGUUAAAGGCAACUUUGUUUAGACGUGAAAA